AUGAAGCACUACCAUUCCACGGUCCUCUCACCAACAUCGACAACCCACCCUACCCCAAGCAGUAGCAACAGCCAGCGCGCUAGUAUAGACAAUGUCAAUGGGAGUGCAAAGCGGAUGUCCGUCGCGAGCACUGUGAAGGGCAAGAAGAGCAGACCCAUGUCGUUGUCGACCAUGCUCUUGCAGAGCGACCAACAGACCAGCAGUCCUCAGCCCCGACUGCCUCACCAGCUCAAGGCUACUCGCUGGGCUAACAGAGGUGGCAUUGGCGCCAACGAGAUGAUGGUUGGAUUGGAAACGACUGGUAUCUUUGUCCCCUCCAAUGACCGUCGGCUCCGUGCAGAGUUCGUGUACCGCUCAGUCAUCCAGUGUGCUGAUGAAAUUCGCCAGCGAGGCCUUGUACACGCGAACAUCUUUGCGAACCCUUCGCCCAAGAAGGUGAUCACCGCGAUGAUCGCGUUGAUGAUCGACCAGGAGCGCUGCGACUUCUAUCCGAUGCAGUGUCUCAGGAUUGACACGGUCGUGAGUCUGAUGCUGAACCUGAUGUCCCAGAUGUCGAAUCCCAUCAUUCCCUACGUCGUUAUGGAGCACUACUUCCAUCAGUCCGGACACACCACCCGCUCCUCCCCCGCCAACCCCGUUAAUCUGCCCUCUCCCUCAGACUCGCAAGCAGAACGCGCCUUCUACUUUACCGUCGGAGACAGUCUCCCCGUCAUCCCCGCCUUGCCGCUGAAAGGCGCCUCCAUGGUGUCCUCGCAUGCAGGCUACCUCUGGGCUCGCGACUACUUUGAUCUUCACACCUUCCUCGCUGUCCUCCCUGCCAUCAACCGUGCCAUCCUCUUGGAGGUGCUGCAUCUCUGCCAAGAACUCAUGGAGUACCAGAUCCAGAACCGUUUGACCAUCAGCCGUUUGGUCCAGCAAAUCGCGCCCGCACUCUUCUCGACUGUCUUUGACCAAAAGAUCUUGGAAACCAUGGCUGGAGGUUCAAGGAGAUGCUCUCUCUACGGCGACAGCAUAAGCCCCCAGGACGGCAGUCGCGCAGAGAAUCAUCUUUUCACGGUCAUCUUGGUCCGAUUCCUCCAUAUUUCGUCCAGUGGUUCUCCUACAGCGGACCCAUGUCUGAACGCCUACAGGUCCGUUGCUGUUUCUGAUGAAGGAUCAUCGUGUUCGAUGCAGGAUGUUGAACUCCAUGGACGCUAUCCAUCACAGGCCUCGUCGUCAAGCGGUAUGAGUGGAAGCGACUACGAGCACCAAAACCUCGCGUUCCGCAAGAGCCAGCAGUGGCAUCAUCAAGAGCAGCAAGGUUACUACAACCAGAUGGAGCGGUCCUUCCAAGAGAUGGAGAUCCUGCAGCGCCCCCCGCAGCACUUCGGAUACCACCCUGCCCAGCAAGACCAGCACACAGUGCAGAAGCUCAAUCAGUCAUCAUCGUCGAGUGUCAAUGUUAGCGACUUUGGGAUCUCUCAGAAGGUCCAUGAACCCCUGCGGUUUCCUUCUCAGGACACCAACACUAGUCUGAAUGUCGGCGGCGACUUUGCGCGGCAUGAAACCACACUCGAGAACAGCCACUGUGACCAUAUCUGGCGCGGUCAUGGUUGUCGAGACGAACAAGGCAAUACCAUUAUGAUAUUAACCUACUACGGUCACAGCAACGAGAAGCACAGCAACAAGCCUUCCAACAAGUACGAUUUGACGACCUGGCAAUGGCUCAGGGUCAAGAUGUCUUCUCUGCAUCCUGGAACCAUGGGAAGAAGGAGUAUCGACACUCAGCCCGAUAGUACCUGUGGGGCUCUCACGUUUGUCGAUAUCUGCGACGAUACCGUCAACAGUCUCCAAAAGGCGGCCAUGGGAGUUGUCGGCCAGGCCAAGAGCAUUGUUGAGUCUGCUGAUGUUUGGGGUGACUUUCUCAAGCCCUACAUGGACGACGCGGAAAGAUAUGCCAAUAUCCCCUUUAAUUCAAUCGAAGUCGCCAAAUACACGGCGGUGAUAACCUCGGCCCUGGCGAUCUUGCCGAGCAUCAUCAAGAAGCACGCCGAUGCUCUUGUCACGAUGACUGGGCUUCUCGCUUGUUGCUCACCCUCGGCUCAUCUGCCCUGGAUCUUGUUGUCGAACCAGCGCAGCAGGUUGGCCAGUGCAGAGGAGUCCCCAAACUGUCUCGGCAUCAAGAAUGUCAUCCUUGGACUGUGCGACAGCCCCCCUACGGCGAUGACGCGCCUUGCAGGAGGAUACAUCACCGAAAUCGAAAACCACGGAGACAAGUUGAUCGAUGGCGGCUUCAGGGGAGACAAGUCGUCUGCCUAG